AAUAACUGAGAGCCUUCAAGUUGCUUGUACCAUUGACAAGCUCCCACCUUCUUGGAAAGACUUUGGGUUAUCCCUGAAACAUAAAACCGAGGAUAUGACAAUGAAAACUCUAUUGUCUGCCAUUAGGAUCCAAGAACAACACCUUGAGAAAGAUAAUGAGCAACUCAUGAAUCCUGAGCUUCUAACCAAGGUGAACUUUGUAGAAAGCCAAAAUAAGACCCAUAAGUUCAAGAACUCCAAAUUUGAAAAGGGUGGACCUAGAAACAAAAGAAAACCUAUGAAGCCAAAACACCAUAUCAAUAAGAAUGAUCGGAAGCCGAUUUGCUACAAUUGUGGAAAACUCGGUCAUAUGGCUCGAGUAUGCCGGAUGAAGAAGAAGUAUCAGAACUAUGAACAUGCGCCUUCUCAACCUGCAAAUCCACAAACCAACAUGGUGCUAUCCAGUACUGGUCCUACUAGUACUGAUGAUCGGUCCGGAGCGGCCUAACAGUAACUAUGGGGAACUCCACCUCGGCACGAGUGCUUGGAACUGGAAAAGUACUUCUAAGGCUUACGUCUGGGAAUGUGCUUACACUAUUUAAUGUGUACCAUGUGCCCGAUGGAAGGAGGAAUCUGAUCAGUGGAUCUCUUCUAAAUAGAAGUGGUUAUUCUUUGUUAUUUCAAUCUAAGAAAGUGAUUAUAACAAAGAAUGGAACAUUUGUAGGCA